AUGGCUUGGAACUGUCAAGGGUUGGGGAGUCCCGAGACAGUUCAACGACUGAGAGAGAUCAAGCGCACCAUAGGACCGGACAUCCUGUUCCUCUCAGAAACUAAAAACCCCAAUGCGACAGUACUAUCCAAGACACGCGAACUAGAGUACGAUUCUCAUCAUAUCGUUCCCCCUACCGGUGUGUGCGCGGGGGGAAGUACUCUUCUAUGGAAAGAACAUGUAAAACUUGAGAUUCUAAGUUCUUCGAACAACCUGAUUGAUACAUCUAUUGAGUUCGAAGGAAAACCCUUCUUUGCUUCCUUCAUUUAUGGAGAUACAAAUAUUGCGGUGCGCAGACUAUUUUGGGAGAAACUACUUACAUGCAACGAAUCCCGUGGGGGUCCAUGGUAUAUCACUGGAGACUUCAAUGAUCUCAUCAGCAACGAAGAAAAGGAGGGCGGGCCUGCUCGUCCAGAAGGAUCAUUUUCCGACCUACGCACCUUUUUCUCCGAAGGUGAUCUCUAUGACCUUCAACAUUCGGGAGACCCAUUAUCCUGGCGCAGACAGAGGGGUGAUUACCUGGUUAGGUGUAGACUUGACAGAGCGGCCACUAACACUUCAUGGGCAGAAAUGUUUCCCACUGCUCGGUGCCAUUACCUCGAUUACGAAGGAUCCGAUCACAAGCCACUUCUCACGCUACUGGAACCACAUAAAAAGAAAAGACAAGGACUGUUCCGCUAUGACAGACACCUAAAGGACAAUGCUGAGAUAAAAGAGCUGGUUCGCGCUAUAUGGGAGGAAGAACUAUCACUUACAGUGCGGGAAAAGAUAGAGGCCAGUCGCAAAGCUAUCUCAAAAUGGAACAAGAACCAACAGAGAAACAGUAGAGUGAUCAUUGAAGACAAAAAAGAAAAGCUUGAAGUAGUUUUGACAGCUGGGGAAAAUGACACGAUGCUAAUCAAACAGAUCUCCUCUGAACUAAUAGCGGCUUAUCUAGCUGAAGAGGCCUAUUGGAAGCAACGGAGCCGGCUACUAUGGCUCAAACUAGGAGACCGUAACUCCGGAUUUUUCCACUCGGUAACUAAGGGCAGAAGGAGAGCAAACAGACUAUGCGUGAUCGAAGAUGAGCAUGGCAAAUCGGUACACAAAGAAGAACAAAUCUCCCAGGUCAUUGUCUCAUACUUUGGGAAGCUCUUCUCUUCUUCAGCCACAAAUUGCGCUGACACAGUCAAUUUUGCGCUGGAUCCGGUCAUUACUGAGGAGCAGAACAGCCUACUUAUACGCCUGCCUACAGCUUCCGAGAUUAGAGAGGCUGUGUUCUCGAUCCAUGCGGAUAAAGCCCCGGGGCCAGAUGGGUUUUCCCAAGAUUCUACCACUCCAACUGGGACAGCGUUGGCGAAUCAAUAA